UAAAACACUGUUAAAGAGCGAAAAAACAACUUUAAUAAUUAGAAUUGGAACAAAAAAAAUAAAAAUGAGAAACCCAAUUCUGAGGUCACAACUCCAGAAGAGAAACUGAGAGAGUUUGCUCGAAGAAGAAGAAGAAGAAGAAGAAAAAAAGCUUUUAAAAUCCAUUUGAAAUUUCUAUGCGUAUGAUUCGAAACUCAUCCUCAUCAUUCGUUCCCAAUCAUACCGUUCUUUCUUAAUCUCCAAGCUCGUAUUCAAUUCCAUUUCUGUUUUCUUCGAAUUUCUGUCUCACCUGUGUUGAAAUCUCGAAGGUUUCUCUUCGGGUAAUAUCCAAAUGGUGAUUGGUUACUCGAAAACCUAGAUGAGAUUUUGAGAGUAGGCGAAAAUUGGAGCUGUUUAUUGCUCAGUUUCUCGAGGGUUCGAUUGCGGAUUCGUGAGCUUCGGGGACUGAAAAAUGGACAACGGCCAUGAGGAAAGUCUUGCCGAGAGGUUUUCAAGAGUGGGACUCAGAGAAUCUUCUGCUUCUCAUGAAAACGACGUCAAAAACGAUAGCUUAUUUCAGGUCAUCAAAGCUGUUGAAGCGGCAGAAGCGACUAUCAAGCAGCAGGUGGAGGAGAAUAACCUCUUAAAGUCUGAACUUCAGAGAAAAUAUCUAGAGCUUGCCAAAUAUAAAUCAGGUGAAACAUCUGAUGUACGAGAUCACUCGAAUACGACCACCAGUGGGUCUUCCCCGUUUCACCAGUUGGCCGCUGGUAUAAAUCCAGUUGAUCGGAGGAAGGGCAUGAUCAAUGCUUCAGGUGCUGUUUCAUCAGGUAUGCUAGUUGUUCACCAGCAUAUGCAGCCAAAUGGAGAAGAAGCUACUGUUAGUAACCCGUCUGAAGACCAUUCUGACGGAGUCAUGACUAAUGGCAUUGUAAGAGGAGCUAUGGGUGGUGGAGGAGCCUCUCAAUUGUCUUCUUCGCCAUCUACAAUAUCACUAUCUCCUAUGAGACCGCUAUUAGAAGGAGAUCCUGACUCACACUUCAAAUCAUCUACUCAUGAGUUGAUGCCAGUAGUGAAAGUGAGAAAAUGUUUCCCUGACUAUGCAACUGUCCAGGAGCUCAUUCACAAGGUCAAAGAACAGGAACAAGAGAUUGUGCGGUUACGAAAAUAUCUUGCUGAUUAUUCUGUCAAGGAAGCCCAAAUACGCAAUGAAAAAUAUGUUUUGGAAAAGCGUAUUGCGCACAUGCGUUUGGCAUUUGAUCAACAACAGCAAGACCUUGUUGAUGCUGCAUCAAAAGCUCUCUCGUACAGACAAGAGAUCAUUGAGGAAAAUAUACGCCUAACAUAUGCCUUGCAGGCUGCAGAGCAGGAGAGAUCUACAUUUGUAUCAUACUUGUUGCCUCUUCUAUCGGAAUAUUCGCUGCAUCCACAGCUCUCUGAUUCUCAGUCUAUUGUUAGCAAUGUGAAGGUUCUGUUUAGGCAUCUGCAGGAGAAGCUCCUUCUUACUGAGACAAAGCUAAAGGAGUCAGAGUACCAAUUAACACCUUGGCAGUCAGAUGUAAACCACUCAAAUGCUUCGCCUCUGUCACCUUAUCACCCUGUUGGUGUGGGUUUGAGAUACUCAACAGAUCCAGAACACCAUCAUCAAGAUGGGCGUGGUGUCUCAGCUGUGAGUAAUUACCACCUUGAUGGUCCUGAGAGGUCACCAGCCUUUCAGAUGCAUGUGCAACCACCUCUUAAUCAAGAUGAAUCUAAUGGACAGAACAACCGUGUUCAGUUUCGUGAGCCUCUCAGCAAUACAUUUAUGGACGGUGCAUAUGCAGAAGUACAAGAAGAUACAAAUAAAACUGUGGAAAAGGCUAAUUAUGUAGCUGGGUUUGAUGAUCCAAGCCCCUCAAAUUAUCCAAUAUUGGCUCCAGUUCUUGAAGAACCAUCUUCAUCAUUUUCCGAGGCUGCAGAUGAUGAUCCGUUGCCAGCUAUAGCAGACCUACAGAUAUCAGGAGAACCUUUUCCUGGACGAGAGCUACAGGCUUCUGGUCACUCUAUCAAUGGAACGACAAAAUGUAAUUUUGAGUGGGUGCGGCAUCUGGAAGAUGGAUCAGUGAAUUACAUUGAAGGAGCAAAGAAGCCAAAUUAUCUUGUCACUGCCGAUGAUGUUGAUUUAUACCUUGCUAUUGAAGUUCACCCCUUGGACGACAGGAACCGCAAGGGGGAGCUUGUGAGGGUCUUUGCCAAUGAGAAUUUCAAGAUUACGUGUCACCCAGAGAUGCAGAGCCAUAUAGAGAAGAGUCUUUAUAACAGUCGGGCUAUAUUUAACAUCUCCUACUCGAUUGGUUAUAUGGAUAUAUGGGAAGCAGCUACUUUGUCUAUUAAGAAAGAAGGCUACAGCAUCAAACCUAAGAAUGAUCCUGUAAUUACAGAAAAGUUCUCCUCUUCUACCGCUGUUCUGAUUCCCUUUGAUCAGCCUGCGGAUUUUGUGAUUAUUGGUACUGAUGGCGUGGAGCAUCUCUGUCGGGUGGAUAAUGAUGCAACAGAUCUUAGCUGCUCAAGAGAUACAAUUGUGCUCACCCUCAGAUUAUUUAUUAAGAAGGCUCUGCAGAGAAAGAAGGGCAAGAAAAAAGGAUUUUUGUUUAACAAAUGAGUUUUUGGUAAAUAACAUUGUUGGCUCUUUUUUGUUUUCUCUGGCAAUUCCCAGCUUUGCAAUAUUAGAGAUGUAGUCUUUGAACGAUUGAGAGUUAUUUCUGCUGUAGCUGAUUAAAAACAAAAUAUCUAAUCAACCGAAUUCAGUAUAGUAAAAAAUGAUGAGCAAAAAAGUAAUAUUGUCCCCUCGUU